AUAACAACAAAGGGAACGUGUGCAAAAAAUGAGCCUAUACAUCAGCUAAACGGUACCAGAUGCCCUCGGUGGAGUGAAAGUAAUAUCUGUACCCCACAGACACCAGCAGACGGCAGGAUGUCCAACAUCGAAUAUCAACCGGCAGAGACCCUCACGGUACAGUUAUACCGCCCGGACCCAGGGAUCUCUUGGGGAUUUCGGCUCCAGGGAGGGGUAGAUUUCAGUACCCCCCUCUCCAUACAAUCGGUCAAUCCUGGAAGUGUAGCAGAACGCAGUGGAUUGGAAGCAGGUGAUGGCAUCCUUUACAUCAAUAACACCAAUGCAGAUGGUCUGUCACAUGAACAGGCCAAGAUGGAAAUCAUUAGAGCAGGGAAUGUCAUCAACAUGACCGUGCAAAGAGGUGCAGUCAAAAUUUGGAAACCCAAAGUUACCCCCAUGUCUGACCUUAGGCCAGCUCAGAUGAACACCAUCAAAACAGCAACAGGGGAUGAAGUUCAGACUGUACAGAAAACCUCACUAACUAGAGAUCACCAGCCUGAACCAUUGAAUAUAGGAAGCAGCUACAACAGAUCUGGCAAGCCAUUCACUCCACAGUCCCCCAAACAGGCAGUUCCCAAUGUAGUCCAUGCUCAGUUUAAUUCUCCCAUUGGAUUAUAUUCAGCUAAUAACAUAGCAGACACCUAUGCUGCUCAGACUGCAGGAAUUCAACAGCAAAUGCAGGGAUUAGACAUUGCUAAAACUCCAGUUGGAGCUAAAAUGAGUGGCACCUAUCAACCACUGGAAGGUGAAGACAAUCCUGAGGGUGUUGUGCCUGUUGUGAACUCUGAAGCUGAUGAUGUGACCCCUGUGACCUCUGACAACCAUCUGUCAUGUGACACCCAAAAUUUGUCUUCUAACCAACCGGAAUCCAUAUCACAAAAUGAUACUAACUUGCAUGUUGCAAAUGAAACAAAGCUCACCCAGCCAUCUGGUUUCCGUUCUGUUAGGGCACCAGACCCAGUCACUCCAUCCCCCUCCAAACCUCACCAAGAGAAUAUGCACUGCGGAGACUGCAACAUGCUUGUUACAGGAGUGUUUGUGAGAGUUAAAGGAGUACCAUACCACCCACAAUGCUUCAAAUGUACUUCCUGUGGAGUGAACCUGAAACAGAAAGGGUACUUUGUGGUAGAUGGGAGAUUAUACUGUGAAGUGCAUGCCAAACAAGUUGCCCAACCCCCAGGUCCAAAUAUGAAGGCAGUUCCAGUUUACAUGGCUUCUGUUCUAACAUUGGAGGCUAAAUUAGAGAGAGUUGAUCCCACAACACCAUGGGGAUUUCGAAUGCAAGGUGGAAAAGAAUUCGGCUGCCCAUUGACUAUUCUGAAGGUGAACCAAGGAAGCUUGGCAGCCAAGUGUGGUCUCCAACAAGGGGACAUAAUUCUGAAGAUUGGUAACCAUGAGACUACAAAUCACAAACACAAGGAAGCCCAGGACUUAAUCAUUGGGUCUGGCAACAAAUUAGAUCUUCUUCUGCAGAGGGGUGCCCCACCUCCUCAGCACACCUAUGAGAAGUUUGCAACCCCCACAUUCAACUCAUAUUCUAGCCCCUCUGGUGCCCCUCCAUCAGGCCCCCAGAAUUACAAUACAGCAGCUAAACCAUUUGGAUCUCCAGCUCCCAGGCCUGAUGUGGAUUCUGUCACACAGCAAACUAGUCAACUCUCUUUCUCCCCGAAACCAGCACCCUCUGGGAUACCUGCUGCCCCACCCCCACCCCCUCCCUCUCAGACUCCAGGUUUCUACUCUGCUGCACAGAAAUAUGCUGAUAAUGAAGAGAAGCCAGCACCCUCUAACUAUCAGUCACGGUCCUUCAAGUUUCUCCAAGGCAUGAUGGAUAGUGGACAAGAACCCCCCUCAGCCUUGCGGCCUGCUCCUGGACAAGUGGUACGAAGUGUCUCCCCAAGCACCACACAAAACAACUAUAAUGCCAAACCACGUCAGUUCAAUACCCCCCAAGGACUCUAUUCAGAGGAAAGUACCAAAAGUGCUAGCAAGCUAGUAAGGGCAGAAGAAGAUGAAAAAGGUGGCGAUUUGGACAGUGAAGGGAAGAUUGUGUAUCGUCCAUCUGAAACAUUCAAAAUGGUGCAUGAACAAGACACUCCUAAGUCAGCCAAGCAUGAAGAUGAUUAUAAACCCACUCACUCCAGAACAUUUAAAAUGCUCCAAGAGAAGUUGGGAGCAGGGGACCAGCCCUCAACACCAAAGGCACCACCCCCAGCACCAGCUGCACCAUCAGCUCCCAAACCAGGGGUGUGGACUCCUCCAAGUGCUCCAGCUGCCAAGCCCUUCACCCCAACAGUUCAGCCCCCAGCCCCUGCUGCUCCAGGAGGUCCUAAAAUGGGACCUCCCAGGAACCCCACUGGUGUCAAUGCUGUGAGGGCCAAGAAGGGUGAAGCUAUGGUCUUUAAGAGUGGAGAGACUCCCCCCGGAAUCUCCAGGAUACCUAUUUGUGCAUCCUGUAGUGUUUCUAUCAGAGGGCCUUUUGUGGUUGCCCUGGGUAACACCUGGUGCCCUGACCACUUCGUGUGUCAGAAUCCUAGGUGUGGACAAAAACUGCUGGACAUAGGAUUUGUGGAGGAGGGGGGAUACCUGUACUGUGAAAAGGACUAUGAGCAAUACUUUGCUCCAACCUGCAACAAGUGUGGAAAACCCAUCGUAGGGGAGUGUGUAAAUGCACUACAGAAGACUUACCAUCCAAGCUGUUUCCUCUGUUACCAGUGUAAGCAGCCGAUUGGUGGAAAUCAGUUCCAUUUGGAAGAUGGCAAUCCUUAUUGUGAAAAUGACUGGAGGCAAAUGUUCCAGACUAUGUGCAAGGGAUGUGACUUCCCCAUCGAACCUGGGGACCACUGGGUAGAGGCCAUGGGCAACAACUUCCACUCGGAGUGUUUUAAUUGUUCAACCUGUGGAGUCAAUCUAGAAGGUCAGCCUUUCUAUGCCAAAGGAGGUAAACCCUACUGCAAGAAACACACCAGAUAAAGAUCCACACCUGAUAAUCUUAGAUCCCUCCAUCCAUGGCCACUGGACUGGAACCACCUCCUCCUGUGCAUGAUGUUCAACAUAGAUGUGAUAUACAAAAUUUUGAAAAUUGUUAAGAUUUGUGCCAAAAAAUAGAUUAAUGACAAUGGAUAUUUUUAAUGAAAAUUGGUGUCAAUCACUUCUAUAAAAAAUUCUAUUGUUCAGAAGUGCUGUUGUAAGCUGUAGAAAUAUUAGCAUGUUAUAACAUAUCAUAUAAAUAUGAAGGUCGCAGUAGCCAGCCUUCAUGCUAGUCCAUUGAUAUUAUGUUUUACAUGUAAAAACAUGGUGACACCAUAGUUGAUUACCUUUAUAGUUCAUGUAUUGGGUCACAGGGUGCCAGCAUUUCGGCAAUGAAUCUCACUUUUUCAGAAGUAUUAACUUUAAAGCCAGGCUGUCAUUUGUAAUUAUACUGUAUAUAUGCAAUAAUUUAGAAGCAGUAUACUAAUAACUUUUAACAGUCAGGGUUGAUAUAUGCAUUUAGAUUUACUUAAAAAUUCAGUUCAGCAUUUAAUGAUUUUUCAGUCAUUCACAAAAUAUUCACAGUAAUGUGCCUUAUGUUCAUUUCAGAAAGUAUCUCUGUAUUAUUGUCAUGCAAAGAGCUACAUCUAUUUAUAGCCAAAACUACUGUACCCCAAAAAUCAGCAAUCAUUUCUUGAUUUUGCAAAUUAAUGUUAUAGUUUCAGGCAUCGUCAUCGCCAGUAUCUUUUCUUUGCUUUAUGAGCUUAUUUUUGGAAUUCUAAAGAGCAAGAUGUUUACUGCUUAUAGGCUGCCCAUUAUUUGUUUUCAGUCAAAACAUUGGUAUGUUUUAUGUGAUUAUAAAUUAUACUAUAAAAAGAUAUAUUAAGAUAAACUUGAUUAUAAAUACAAUUUUUUUGCUUAAGCCAGUUUGUGAAUGAAGUAGGAAUGUUUUAACAGUGGAUUAAUAAAUCAUUAUUUACCCCAAA